CUACCAGUUGUUCUUUUGCGGCCGCGUCGACCGACGUUCCUCCCUGACCUCUAUCGCUGACGUUCCUUUAUUUGUGGGUUGAAAUGCCGUCUGUUCUGUCUCGUUCCAAAACAGAUAAGUUUCCGUGACUGAGAAUUCAAGGCUGAGCCAUGUGUGUCGCAACGCGUUCGAUGAUGGGAGUUCACUGCCUCAGUGAAAAUAUGUCGCUCUGAAGGCCUCUGAGCCGGAAGUUACUCGGGAGGAGAUUUGAAGAGUGAGAAGCUUCAUGGACACACAAUGGGGAUACGACAGACAGGUGGAAAUUACAUCUCGCCUCGAAACAGUGUCGUCGCCGACCUCUGAACUCCCGCGCAGAAACAGUUACUUGCUUUUCAAGAUCCGCGACAGCACAUACCUCGCCAAUCUGAGACACGACUGUUAUGCCAAGAUGCUUCACCUGGGACACGCUGCAGUAGCCAACAUGCCCAGCCUCCACCUAGACAUCGAGAAUUUCGCUAUACCAGCCUACCCGACGCCCUUCGUGCACAUUGUCCGGUGGAGUAAAAUCUGGGGCUGCUUGCCCGUCUCUUACAGUCACGCCGCCCGUUCGUGGAAGCUCUCGCCCUUCUUGACCUUCUGGGUCAUCUGCAACGUCGGGUUCAACGUCCCCACGUUCUACGACUGCAUCAAGUCCUCCUUGGGUUCGGACGGUCUCAUGCUCUACGUCAUGGUCAUGAUUGUCUGCGUCAUGAGCAUCAGCGGCGUGUCGAUGCACGUGCUGUCUCUCGUCUACUACGAGGAGUGGUGUCAGUUCCUCAACAAAUGGAUGAUGUUCGAGAGGAGAUUCCCGACCCUGACCGUCGGGGUUCACUCCUUCCGCGUGGCGCUGCCGCUCUUCGUCGGCUUCUUCCUCUACAUCACCUUCUUCGGAGUCAACAUCUUCAACGAACUGCGAUUUAACCUGAUCAACAACGACGGCGUAGGCAGGAUGCUGUCCCUCGUGUACGUCUACGUCAUCUACAGCUACACCCUUUCGAUGCCCGUCCUCUGGGUGGUCAUGGCUUCCAAGAUCUUCACCGUCUGCCUCUGCCACAUCAGGAGAGAACUCGAGUCCAUUAUGGAGUGCGUCAAAUUCGGCAUGAGGUGCUCCCCCUCGCCCAUCCAGAAGUGCAUCGCGGCAGGCGACAUGAACCGCAUGCAAGACGCGGUGCUGGAUCUGGCGGGCAUCAUCGAGGGGUUCAAAGUGAUCAUGGGUCCGUUCAUGCUGGUGGUGGUGCCUCAUCAUAUCGUCUCGCUCAUCUGUUUCCUCUACUGGACACUGGUCUCGGUUCUCGAUUACAGCGACUGGUAUUUCCCGCUCAGUUUUGGGCUUCUCUCUGCACAGGCCAUCUUGCCGAUCUUCUGUGCCGCCAUCUACAGCGAAGACGUGCAUACGCAGAAAGAGUCUCUCAUUGAACCUCUAAUCAUACUCAAAGGUUCAAUGAACGACGAGGCGGCAAAGCACAAGAUGAUGACGCUGAUAGACCAUCUGGACAGACUUGAUGCCCAAAUAGAAGGAAAGGGCUUUUUCACCCUCAACAAAGGAAUGGCAACAACUGUCAUCAAUACAGUGGUGACGUACUUGGUGGUUCUUAUUCAAUUCUACGGACAAGCACGCUGAAGGGCCCUCGCUGACGACCUUUCCCGGAUUCUAUUACAUCACCCUCGACCUCGGAGGCUAAGCUAUGAACGCGGUCGUUGUUGUAUUACUGCGCAUACUCCCUUAUUAUGCUUUUCAUUACUAAACACUCAAAUGACAGUGGUUUGCAAAGCCAAAGAUCUGUACAGAAAGCUUAUAAAUUGAAAUACCCAAACGUGUCAGAGUAAAUAUCUGUGGAAAAAAUAACAACCAAGGUUAAAUAGACUAUAAAAAGUCAUACGUUGAAAGUAAUUGGUCGGUUCCCUGCACAGGACGACUUUCAUUUGUCAUAUUUGCCAUGCCUGAGGAGAGUUCCUCUUCCUGUAUAUGUAUACUACUGCUGUACGCUUCCUUCAAUUGUGAUUGUUCUCUGCCUUCCUCGAUAACUUUCUCGUUUCUUAGCGCCUAAUAUUCAUGAUUCUGUAGAGUUCCUUUAUCUUUGGCUAUUCCGGAGAGAACCGCGUUUUAUAAGCGGAUGUUAUAUUGGUAUCUCCAUGUCCCUAUUUCUUAAUUAUCAGAGUCAAAAAAAUGAUUCAUAGUUUUAUAGAAAUUCUCAGUCUCCCGUUUCAUUAACAUUUUUAUUCCUCGAAGCUGUUCGUUGGGCAGCAUAUCUUUAUAUAUUAUAAUGAAAUAAUUAUAUAGCAAUAAAAUUCAAUGGUAAAUACUCUGUUUAAGUACUGUGACGACGGUGUGCUGGACAAAUAUUUUGCACCAAUCCUGCAAUUUGCUUGCAUACAAAGGACAGGCAGCAAGCCCACUUCAUCUAACAACAACCCUGUAUCAAGACGGUCUGAUAUGCUUCGGAAAACCUACUAGGAGCAUUUAAUGCUUACAUGUUUUGCAGAGGUACCCUCGUGCGUAGGAAUCUGAAUCAGAUACAACCUUAAUGAAGGCACGAACAGUCGCCUCCUCAACACUAAAUUCAAUAAAUAAUCCUGAUAUUGAAGCCUCCUCUUAAGCUAUUCAUUAGGUCUCAUUCUCCUUAGAGGAGGUCUCAGAAGACACUGAUGGUUCAGGAUAAAAAUGGACUUUAUGAACGCGACUGACUUGACCUCCUGCCACAAUAAGGGUGGGUUCACAUUACAGUGCAAAUUUCAUACACACACGCCGGCCACUUGUCGCAAACAUCACAAAAAGGUUAAGAACAACCAACAACCGUAACUGGAGAGAAAAACCUUUGGCAAAUGGUAGUCAACCGUGUGAAGCGAUUGGUUAAAAUUACCUGUAGGUCAUUGACCUGUAUUCAACCUGUCUGUGACGUGUAUGUGCAAAGUUAGCGAUGUGUGUUUAUGACAUGUUUGACAGCAGUGUGGAGGUAUCCUUGGAUGACUACACCAGGAGAGGUCGUUGGAUAUCAUGAAGUGUUUCAGAUUCCACAGAGUUUACAGUUGCUUAAGUUGCUUUUAACUAACAUGACACUUUUUACUUUGCAUAUCCCUCUACUUUCUUCACAACCCAUUCGGCAUUACUUUAGGUUGCUAUUACUUGUUUUUCUCGUGUCUUGGAUAUCAAUUCGCACGUCAUUAAUCAUUUUAGAAAAAUUAAAUUGGUAAUCAAAUCUGUUGGUUAUACUUUUCUCAAAAAUAAAAAAAACCGACUCCAUGUAUUUCCAAUCCCUGCCCAUUUCAUGCAGUCGUUAAACGGAAUCUCAGCACUCAUAUUAUGCCCUUUAUCAAAUACAAGGAAUACAGAUUACAACUCGAUUCAAUUUGGCGACUGCGUAAAAUGGGGAAAGUUUGGAAAUACAUAAAGUAAGCUUCGGAUUUUUCAAAUACGUAUAUGAAUUAAGAGUUUUCUGAAAUGAUUGAUGACGUGCGAAUCGACAUCCAAGAUUUGAGAAAACAAUCGUAUGAACAUGGCACCAACAUGAUAGUAGACAAUAAAGGGGUAAAGGCUCAUGUACUGGAGAUAACAAGAUUUGUUGAAUUGAAUUGACUAAAGAACGCCAAGCACUCGGACCUAUGAGGUCAUUCAGCGCUGAAACGGAAAUUGACAGUAAACGGCCUGAAAGGUGUAACAGGAGGUAAACCUCGCAGUUGCACUAUGAAUCAAUUGUCAUGAGAGGGUGGAAAGUAAGAGGGAAGAAAGAGAAUAUGAAAGGAGGUACAGUAAAAGGAACGAAGGGGGUUGCAGCUAGAGGCCGAGGGCGCGCUGCAAAGAAUCUAAGUACGCAACAUGACUUGUAAACUCGUUGUGAUACGCAUGUUUGUAGUUCGUAUUUGCUGACGUUGUCAACUUCAAGAUGUUGAUUCUUUGGAUUCUUGACAGCCUUUUGUCAUAUCCUAUCAUUAAUUAUCUCGUAACGUCAUUUUUGGAGAAUACAUGGCUUUAUUAAUCAAAGCAAUGUCAGAUACUGGAUGGAGGGUCGAACUGAGGCAGUCAGAUAUCUAGAGUACCACCUGAAGAAGACAGUCGAGAGACCAUUCCUUAAAAUCUAAAGACGCUGCUGCAUUCCUAAACACUGCGAGAAAGGCCUUUUUUACGAUCAAUACGCGAUAUGUAGCACAUUUUUUCUACUUCAGUUUGAUUAAUCCAAUCGACAGGUAUAAAAAUUGUCGUUCUGAUUCGAUGUUCAAUGCUGAUGUCAUGUUUGUUUGUUUGUAUGGUGUUUUUACGUUGCAUGGAACCAGUGGUUAUUCAGCAACGGGACCAACGACUUGACGUGACUUCCGAACCACGUCGAGCGAGAGGGAACUUCUAUCACCAGAAAUACACUUCUCUGACCCCUCAAUGGAAUGCCCGAGAAUCGAACUUGCUGCCACUGAGUUGGCAGGCAAAAACCAUACCAACCACACCAAACCACGCCACUGAGGCGCUUAAUGCUGAUAUCAUGAACAACUGUGAGCGAUAUCGAUAUUUAAGAAUGGAAAUGGCGUUGAAUCGUUGUGCUGUGGUCUAAAGAGAUUUUCUCACAUUUUAUGAGGAUUCUUCUUCAGGAAAUAUUGUGACAGUUACAAGUGCUGGGAGAUUUUUCAGCAAAUUCCUAAUCGUUAAGCACAUCCUUCGAUCGUCAAAGUUAAAUGAUGAGAAUUUCUGCUCCUGCAGUCAAUUUAGUUGGGUAAGCAAUUGCAAGGUUCUUAGUUAUCAUAAGCUGAUCAGAUUGUUAGUCGACUGAAAAGCUAACAAAACAAAUUUUAACAUCCUUCCGUUUAAAAACAUUUUGAAUAACUUUUUUUAGCAAUAACCUAAGUAAAAAAUUCCAGCGACUGACUGCAUAGUGUCACUGAUUCUGUUUUGAGCGGUUGUGCCGACAAUAUCGUAAUAUUUUUGCAACGCCUUAUUGAAGGCUAUUUAUCUUUGUAUUAAAAUUAACUAAAUUAUUACACUUAUGAUCAGAUGCUAUUGUAAAGAUGAAUAUGCGAAGACAAUAUUCGUAAUAGUGUUAUCAGAAUUUUAGAUAUAUUCUUACAGCUAGUCGCUGCAGCAUUGAAUUUAUAAAAAUUGCUCUUCAGUUGGUUGGGGAUUUAUUCAGCACAAUCACUACAUUAUGCCGAUUGGUCCAAAGUCUAUUCUUCAUUGUGGGGGAGGGGGAGGGGCGCUCAGACGUUCUAGCUGCGGCCCUGCAAGUAAUUGUAACUGGAUAAAAAAAAAAAAAAAAAAAAAAAAAAAAAAAAAAAAAAAAAAAAAAAGUUUAAAAAAAUUAUGGUUUGAGCAAAUUCGGUGAGGUAAGUUACUUGGAUUCAGCCGUGAAUGAAAAAUUCUUUGUAAAUAUAUUUUGUAGGUUCUGUUUUUCUCCUUUAUGAGUUCAGACACACUUGAUAAGAUUUGUUGCUAGUUACUCGUAUUCUGAGAAAGACCAUAAGCAUGAACACUUCACAGGAUACAAUUGAUGGAAAAUGUAAUGUUCAAGUUCGCUUAAUUCCAGUAAGUAAAAACUACAUAAAUAUUUCUGAACCUAUACCUAUGGCAAAAAAAAAAAAAAAAGGGCAUUCACUACAGUCUAUACCAAGUAAGGAGGAAGUAUGGCAAGUAUGGCACCUGUACACCAUAUAACUUACUUUAUUACAUUUUAAACAUUUUAUGUCUAGUCGGAGCCUAGAGAGAUAUAACUGUACUUUGCUGUAGAUUACGUUCAGUGAUCCUAGUCUGCGACUGGCACUAAAAUUCUCUGUUUAAUGUAUUUCAUGAUCCUACAAACAAGUCUGCGACUUGUAUGAACUGUUACAAUGUUUCUUUAUGACUUUCCAGCAUAGCUGUACGGAAGCAUAUUCCUCCGUUUCCGAAAACGUAGAGGUCUAACCUUGGUGACAAGGAAUUCGAAGCAAAGAUUAGAAUUCAAGGAAACGGAGGCUAUCUCGUCUGAUCUGCUCAUACUUAUCUACUGUGUCAAUGUCAAUGUCAUUGUCUCUCUCUCUCUCUCUCUCUCUCUCUCUCUCUCUCUCUCUCUCUCUCUCUCUCUCUCUCUCUCUCUUCUAUAUCUUAUUGUAUGUGAUAUACAGUUAUUAGUAUAUUUAGUAAACACUCAUGUGAAAUACAUCAAAGGUUACAUCUGUAAUAACAUAAAUGAGUUUCCCGAGUAUGAUUACGUAUACGAUUGUAUGACAAGUGUUAACUAAACUAAAAUCGUCUAUACUUGUGUAAUUAUCCUUUUCUUCCUUAAGAGUCUUAUUUUAGGAAUAACAGCAAUGCUUGAAUAUUCGUUCCUCUACAUCUCCCUCACAGUCUGACUAAUAAUCUUCUCCAAGCUGUUACCUAUUUCCCUUGUUUAACUAGAUCUUAAGGGAAAAUAAAAAUGAGGGAAUGACAAGGAUUCAUCGAUCAAACGCAAUUUAUAAAAUUUGUAGCAUUUGCUAAAAUCUUCCAAACAUGAAAGUACAUUAUAAUAUGCACAAUCAUGCUACAGAUAGAUAGGCAUUCAGCUCUAAAAUCAACAUCCAUGCCUCUGUAAGCCUGGCAGAAUGAAAACUCUGAGAAAUAUAAAGUUUUGUCUGAUUUUGUCGUGAGAGAAAUAUAAAGUUUUGUCUGAUUUUGUCGUGGAGGAAUAAUGGCAGCAUAGAACCUAGGCAAUAUUAAAUACAACUAUUCAAGAUAAAACCGGUAAGAUAACAAGAACAGUAAAUCUAACAAUAUUAUACGUGAAGGAAUAAUAACUAUAGCUCCUAGAAUGGUGAGUGGAUGACUACCUGGCCCUGUAACCUGUGACUGUUCUCUGGAAUUUACUUAGGGGCUCUCCUAGAGGCCAGGGCGUAAUGCCCUUCCACUUACCACAUGGGGUAGUACCUACAUUACAACUGGGGGUAACAAGAACGUGAAUUUGAACACUACUCCAGUUCACAAGACCUUUCAUAUUGAAGAAUUCACUAUCAAUAUUCUUGGAUCACUGUUAUAGGUUUUGGACUGACUUCAAAUGUAAUAAGAAGUAAUUUCUUUAUUAAUUUUAAACCCUGGUCUCUUCACGGCUGUCUUCCCAUAAAAGACGUAAUUCUGGAUUUGAACAAUCCUCAGCCCUAUUCAACGCUUCCUCAAUCAAACCAUACUUCUUCAAAUUAUUUCACUGAAAUUCAACAGCUUUCCAAGAUAGGUUAUGGACAGAAGGAGAGACAAGCGGUCAGACAGACAAAGUAGACUAAAUAGCUUGGCUAAAUAUAGUUAACCAACUUUGCUAGAAGAGAUAACAUAUUAGUUUGGUGUGAGGAUAUAAUAUAUAAACUAAUCAGAACUGAUAAGCACCAUUUUCGUCUAACAAAACUAGCAAAUAUGAGCAUGAUUAUAAUACCUACAGCAAAAUACAGUAGGUUCUCAUUGCCAUCAACCAGCAUCAUCUUACUUAUAUCAUUAGAAUAUUCAACACUUUCAAACAUUUACUUGAAACAAGCCAACAAGACCAUUAACUUGCGACGCAAGCGUCCCUAAAAUAUAAAGUCCAUGUGUGAAAAUGUGAAAAAAAAAUGAAAGUUAAUAAUAAAAUGUAUGGGAACAAAACUCAAGAAACGUGUGUAAGGGUGCCUGGUACUUUAUAGCAGUAUUGUCACUUCUAUUAUAUUUACAAGCAUUUGCAUAAUAAAUACUGUAAAAGGUACUUCUACGACAAAGAGAACGAAAUUUGCAUGUGAAAGCGACACCGUGGCACCUCACUGAAUAUGAAUUCUGGCACCCUCCAACGUGAAUUACAUGCACUAAUUCUGAGUCCCAGCACUAAAAGCGAUUGGAAGUUUCUCUGACCAAGCAGAGCUUAACCUACGGAAAGUGGCAAGCCUGUUAACUUUCGACGAUGGUCUAAAGUAUAAUGUCCACCUUCAGGAAGAAGGAAAUCAACGCAUCAUGAAAUUUGAGACUACAAGUCUACUGCAACUGCACUAGUAUUAGGCUGAGUAACUGCCUAUGACUUAGCCUAGCCCAGAAGGAUGAUCAUUGCAAACAGAAAAAACUCUUAAUGAGGGAAACGCUUGAGCUAUUCAUUACCGUUAUUUCACUAAUAAGAGUAAAAAAAAAAAAGAAAUCAGAAUACGUCAUACUCUACCCAGUAGAAGCAGUACGCUGGAACAUCUGAAAGACUUGAUCCCAAGGCUCAUUGAAACAAAAGCCAUCCCUUUCUUAGAAAUUGCCCACCUCUUCCAGGAAGACUGUUUUCACUUGUUUACUUAAUCCGUAACGCAUCCACUUCCUAAAAUAUGAUCUCUCUUAUUACAAAAUGUCAUCGAUUAAGAAAAAUACUUCCACACCUUCUACACUUGUUUCUAUGAGUCGACGCCCGAUUGUACCACACGCCACAACAAAAAUACAUCAUUCUUACUGGUGACUAACACACAAAGAACAGAAUAAAAUAUAGAAUUUAGGCCGACAUGUAAUUUGAUAGUAAAAGGGUCUGAAAGGUGCAACAGGAGGAACACCUCGCAGUUGCACUAUUAAAAAAUUAUCAGGAGAGGAUGGAAGGUAAGAUGGAAGAAAGAGAAUAUGAACAUAGGUACAGUAAGAGGAAUGAAAGGGGUUGCAGCUAGGGGCCGAAGGGACGCUGCAAAGAACCUUAAGUAAUGCCUACAGUGCAACCCAAGAGGUGCACUGACGGCACUAUUCUCUCUGUGGAAGACUAAAACAAGCUGUGAUCCGACCUCCAGCUUACUUGGGACGCGUGCAAGACUUCCCCUCACGCAUAAGUUGUAAACGUUAUAUUCCUAAUUUUUACGUAAAUCAAAACGUGCUGAAAUCUGCACUCAAACAGAGCCUUGUUUCACCAACGAAAGCUAAAAUUAAUGACGCUAUAUUUUAUUGGAAAUAAUUUUUCUGUACUGUUUAACAUGCACAUUAUUUAUUUUCUACAUUUUCAUUCUAAUAAAUGAAUCAUAAAUAUC